AAUCAAAACAAAUCCUAAUAGAAUACAAGUUGGAAGAAGUUCACUUUUAUUCUUUGUAAAUAUAAUAUCUCAAUAAAAAUGUCUGCUGCAAAGUUCAGUGACAUAAAUCUUUACGAACUCCUCGGCAUAGAUUUUGAAGCUGAGCAAGCAGAGAUACGAAAAGCUUAUCGCAAAAAAGCCUUAGAAUGUCAUCCUGAUAAAAAUCCGGACAAUCCCAAAGCGUCAGAGCUCUUUCACGAGUUAUCAAAGGCUUUGGAAAUACUUACCGAUACAUCAGCGAGAGCGGCUUACGAUAAAGUGUUGAAAGCCAAAAAGGCCGCAGAGCUACGGAACAAGCAAUUAGAUAGUAAGCGACAAAAGCUGAAAUCAGAUUUGGAGCAGCGUGAACGGGAUGCAUUACACAAGUUAUAUAGCGCUCAGCCAUAUCCCACGGUCCGGAAAACUGAUGAAGAAGUAUUACAAGACCAAAUUGAAAGACUGCGGCGUGAGGGUUCAAAGCUUCUAGAAGAAGAGCAACGUUUGAUGCGAGAACAGUUGUUACGUACAGUGACUGAAAACCAGCGAGCACAAGCGGCAUCAUCUUUUGAUUCAGCGGCGCAUCGGAUGAAAAUCAAAUGGAAAGCAGAGAAGAAAGAUGCCAAUAAUGGUGGGUACACACAAGAAAUCCUGAAAAAUUUUCUGAAAAAAUAUGGCGAGCUUGUGGCGUUGGUGAUGUCAAAGAAACCGGGCAGGGCGCUGGUAGAAUUCAAGAAUCUUGAGGCUGCAGAGAUGGCAUUAGCUUAUGAAAAAGGUCUUUUGGAAAAUCCACUGCAACUAGAAUGGGUUACUCCACCAGCUCAAAAGGCAGCUAAAACACUAAGUAAUUCUUUGGAUUAUGAAGACUUGGUUAUGCGUAAACUUCGACAAGCCGAAGAACGGAAAAGAUUAAUAGCCCAAAUGCAAGCUGAAGAUGAAGCGGACGGAUGAACUAUGUUAUGUAAAAUAAUUAAACUGAAAGCAUUUUUCAAAUGUCAAUAAAAACUUUAAUACUUUCAUUUUGAAAGCAUAUCUAA